AUGACAUUUAAUAAAAAUGAUAUAAAUAUAACAGACAAAGCAAAAGAAUACUCCAAUUAUUAUGAAGAAGUCCUUAAACCUGAAGAAAAGGCUAUCUUUGAUAAAGGUAAAGAAAAAGUAAAAGUUGAAAAGAUGGGUUUAAGUUCAGCAAGACAUACUUUAUUAGUUGCAAUUAUAAAAGAGCAAAAAAGCAAUUCUAUUCCUUAUCAAGUUGUUAAUAAUCUAAAUGACAAUAAACCUAUUGACAAGGUUAUCACUCAAUUUGAAAAUAUUUUAUUUAGUGAAUCUGAUCUUGAAUUUGAAGCUGAAAUUAAAGCUAAGCAAGAUAAAUUAGAUGCAAUUUUAGUUAAUAAAGAAAAAAAAGAUAAAGAAAUUUCUGAAUUUGAAAUUAAAAACAAUAAAAUUCUUAACUCUGAAUUUGAAUUAAAAGCAGAGAAUUAUAAAAAUGAAGUGCAACUUGCAAUUGAUAAACUUAAAAGAGAUCUUAAUUAUGGAAACACAGCUGUAGUAGUGCCAACAGAAACUGGUUAUAAUAGUAAUGGUAAACCUUUUACUCAUCCAUUAAAUUUGGGUCAUGAUUUACCUCAACAAUUUAUCAAAAUUUUCAAAGAUUUUGAUAAAGAAAAACUUUUUAAGAUUAUUAAAAGAAAUUUUUCUUCCAUUGAAACUGAUUUUUCUACUAGCAAGUACCUUCAAGUUGGUGGCACUGAUUGUUUACCUUUUAAAAGUAAUAAAAGUUUAGACCAAAGUUAUAACGUCCUUUGGAUGGAUGCAGAUUCUAGUAUUAAAAAUAGUAGUUAUCUUAUUGUUAGUAUAUUUGAAAUUCCUCUUCAUUCUGAAAAAAUCACUUUAGAUAAAAAUGGAAACCUUGUACCAACUGAAUUCUGGAAAGAUAGUAUUUCUGUUUUUGAAAGAGAUAAGUUGAUUUAUUAUCAGAAAUGCCAUUGUACAGUUGACAUAAUGGCAAAGCACUAUUUAGAACAUGCUAUUGAAUUAAUUCAAAAUGAUAUUACAGCAAAAGGAACAAAUUAUGAUACAUUGUUGGCUGAGAACAAGAGCAAGGAAGUUAAUGCUCAAGCAAGAAUAGAUAAUAUUGCUUCUGUGCAGGCUGGAUUAGGCAAAUUGUUAACAGAGCAUUUAUUAGAUCCUGCUACUGUUUUUGAUAUUACUAAUUAUCGUCAAGAAUUACAGGAUUUUGAUAACAAAAUCCAAGGCGAACUAGAAUCAGUGCAAUCUAAACGAGUACUUGAUCUCGUUGAAGACAAUAAAUUAAGAGAAAUUAAAAAAUAUUUAAGUGAAGAGCAAAAGCAACCUAAAAUAUUACUUACUUGCAGUGGACUUAAAGGAGUCUUAGGAAGUUCUAGCAAGUUUGAAGCCAAGAUUAAAGCAAUCACUGACAGAGUUAAUGCUCCAAGUAGUAAGAUUAAUAAAGCUGGAUUGGUUAAAUACUGUAAAGAAACACUUGCUAAAAAACCUGAUAUUACAGAUGUUCCUAAUGACGAUGAUGAUCCGGAAGUAGUAGUGGAAACUACUGCUUUACACGAAAUAAAAGUGGAUAGUAAUCUUAAAGCUGGAAUCCUGCAAAAGAUGAAAGAUUAUAAAGAUGGCAAAGAUAAUUUAAUCUUAUUAGAUCGAACUGUUUAUGGAGAUAGUCAAGAGUUUAGUGAAGAAGGAAUAGUUAAGUUCUAUACAGAAGAGUUAGGAGGUCAAGAUCAUGCUACUAAGAAAUAUCAACAGCCUUUCAAAGAUAAUAUCCAUGAACCACCUUUCUGA